GUGUAUUGUGCAAGAGAAAUGCUGAAGGAAUCGUUUAUAUAUCUCUUUGGCGAGCCCAUUAGUAGUCUGUACAGCUCAUCUGCAGCUCUGCUAAUAGACAUUACGCUGAGUCCAAAGUUUUCACACAAAACAUUUCUGGUUAUUUGCAACAAUCCAAACAUGAUUGAGAAGUUUCCGAAGUCUCUUCUCUUGAUUAGCAUACUGUAUUAUAUCAUAAGCACGAGCCAGCCAUGGAUAUAG